UGGCUCAACAGAUGGCUGUUGAUGAUGAUGAUGAUGACAUUGUGAACUCUGUAUGUGAUAGCAGUCAUGUCUUCGUUGGGGGUUAUAAGGUAAAAUCUGAAGACUCGGGCCUCCUCGGCUCUAUUCUUUCCAAGCAUGGGGAUAUUGCUGAUAACUGCAAUUUCAAAACACCAUCAGUUCGUUCUCUGUUCAUACAACAUGUAUGUGACAUUGUUCAAACUUUGAAGAAGACUAGUAUUGCAUUCAUCACUACGAGUGAGCUUGAAAAGAUGGUAGCUGGCCUUAGUGAUAUUGAAGGAGCAUGUAUAGAAGUUGGAUGGCUCAAAGAAAGGCUCGUUGAGAUUUACGAAGCAAAGAAAGCUAUCCCUAUGCUUGGGCCAUCAUCCGAAUUGAGAAAGACUCAAACUGAACGGAAAUUCAAGAUUCAGUGUACAAAAGCACUUGUGGAAGAGUACAAGAGAGAGAUUGUUAUUAGAGAGGAAGAACUUCGCAAUUUAGAGGAAAAGUUGCGCAUGGCUGAGAGUGUACUUUCUGUUGACGAAGAGGAGGCUACGACAGCAGAAAUGGUGAUUGGUGAGUACAAGGACAAGUUGAGGCGCAUUGUGGAGUUAGGCUCCUUGCAUUGUGGUCUAGUAUGAUUGUUACUUUCGACAAACAGUCACAUUCGGGGUCUACACUCCGAGGAUUGCGCCUUAUGCGAGGAAUUUGAUGUGGUUCGUGAGCAAUGGGCUAAGUUUUUUACCAACAAGUAUUUAUUAUUGGCUUUAGCGCGCUUGAUCGAGUUGGUUUAGUUGUUAUAGAAUAAAUUUUAUAUUAAAAUGUAUGUUUAUGUUGAAA